AUGACUGGCGGCAAGUCCGGAGGCAAGGCCAGCGGCUCCAAGUCCAGCGCCCAAUCUCGUUCAUCCAAGGCCGGUCUCGCUUUCCCCGUCGGUCGUGUCCACCGUCUCCUCCGCAAGGGCAACUACGCCCAGCGUGUCGGUGCUGGUGCUCCCGUCUACCUCGCUGCCGUCCUUGAGUACCUCGCUGCUGAGAUUCUUGAGUUGGCCGGUAACGCUGCCCGCGACAACAAGAAGACCCGUAUCAUCCCUCGCCAUCUCCAGCUCGCCAUCAGGAACGAUGAGGAGCUGAACAAGCUUCUCGGACACGUCACCAUCGCCCAGGGUGGUGUCCUCCCCAACAUUCACCAAAACCUUCUGCCCAAGAAGACAGCCAAGCCUGGCAAGGGUCCUUCGCAGGAGCUCUAA